AUGACAGCGGCUCUAAACCUGCCUAUCAUAGACUUGUCCUCACCAGAUUCCCUCUCCUCCGCCACUUCCAUCCGUCAGGCGUGCAUAGAGUGUGGUUUCUUCUACUUAGUGAAUCAUGGUGUUGAGGAAGAGUUGCUCGGGCGAGUGUUCGAGGAGAGCAGCAAGCUGUUUUCGCUGCCAUUGGAGGACAAGUUGAAAUUGGCUCGCAAGCAACACAGAGGUUACACCCCACUCUUUUCCGAGAACCUCGAUCCCACUUCCACUUCCAAAGGUGACUCGAAAGAGAGUUAUUAUAUCGGACCGUUAGAUGACUUAACUCGGAGUAAUUUGAAUCAAUGGCCUUCAGGAGAUAUCCUACCAUCUUGGAGACCGACAAUGGAAUCAUACUAUAGAAAAGUCCUGUCUACUGGAAAAAGAUUAAUCUCACUGAUUGCCCUGGCGUUGAACCUGGAUGAGGAGUUUUUCGAGAAAGAGGGGGCGCUGAAUAAGCCAACAGCAGUUCUUCGCCUUUUGCACUAUCCAGGUCAACUGGGAUCAACUGAUGAAGAAAUAUACGGUGCUUCUGCUCAUUCAGAUUAUGGGAUGGUCACUCUCCUUGCAUCAAAUGGAGUUCCUGGACUUCAGGUUUGUAGGGAAAAAUCUAAACAACCACGGAUCUGGGAAGAUGUUCUUCACAUAGAUGGGGCAUUCAUUGUUAACAUUGGGGACAUGUUGGAGAGGUGGACUAAUUGUUUGUUCAGGUCAACACUGCAUAGAGUGAUGCCAGCAGGACAAGAACGCUACUCUGUGGCAUUCUUCUUAGACCCCAAUGAAGACUUUGUGGUGGAAUGUCUGAAAAGUUGUUGCAGUGAAGCAUCACCCCCAAGAACUUGUCCUUACAAAAUCGAAAAUUCUCUUGCAAGGGAAAGGUAUCUAAGAGGUCAUAUACUACUUGUAAGUUGUCCAUUGUUUCAAUAUGCCACAUUGGAGACAUGA